UCGGUGGGAGAAACGGCAGACCCGGGCAGUGCAAGCCGGGCUGCCUGCCCGACGAUACGGUCGUUACGUUGAGAUGUCGCGGUAAUUUGUCUCUUUUUUUUUUCCUCUGCACGCAAGUUGAGCUUGACACCGCUCGUUCAGGACGUCGGUUUCGUCUUUCUCCCCAUCCCUCCCGGGCACACGCCGCCGGCGCAUACGUCUGUCGGGGGCCGGUGUUCUUUCGAGCGUCGUAAAAGUGGACGUGCCAAGACAAUACCGGAGAGCACGUGCAUCCGUGCGAAAGGGGGCCGAAGAGCGCGCUCGAGGGGUCGCACACGCACCCCCCUACCCCCUUCUUGGAAGGCUCGCGCUGCAGCCGACAAGUAACAGAAUCGCGUGAUCGUCGGACACCGGAGCCACUCAUGCCACUCAUUUGAGAGCGAGCGAUGACGGUCGCAGGAGAUGCUUUCGCGGCAGGAGGGCGAGCCGCACGGCUCCAUCUUACGCCAAUCAAGAUUCCGCAGCUGUAAAGAUAUCGCGGGAUUGCUGUGAGCCGGGAUCGGCGAUCGCGAAUCAGCGGCAAGCACGGGGGUUGGUACGAAUAUUUAUGCCGGUACUCAACGCUGAGCAGGAAGUGACGAGAGGCGCAACUGGGAUUUAGGGAUCCUCUGAUUUCCUCCAUUGGCGGUAUCGAAACACAGACUCGUCAGGAUGUUGCGCAACAACGUGAUGUCAUUUAUGAAGAAGAUGGUGAUGACGCAACCGGAAGCCAGUGCAUCAGGAUCAGUCACGCCGGAGGAAAGUGGAAAAACCUUUAGCAAAUUAUUACAGUUGGGAAACAUCAUAGCGACAGGAAACGUAGCGAAGCCGGCCAAGGUUACCCCGGUGGAAGAGAUUCCCAAGGAAGAGUCCACAAUUGAAUCUUUAAAACCAAAGUCGGAAGUAGGCGGCAAGACAAGCAGCGGGGACGACUGCAGGGUAUGCCGGAAGUCGUUCGGUCCUGAGGAAGUCUCGCGAACUUGUUGCGAGUGUCAACACAAGGUCUGCGAGGACUGCGCCUCGUAUUCGACGACAACGAAUUCCGACGAUCUGUCUUCCUGGCGAUGUAGCGUUUGCCGUCGAAAGAUCGCCUCGAGGGACCAGCCAAUAGUGACACAAGAAUCCACAGAUUCGAUGUUGGACGUGCCGUGCCUGGAGACUCUUCACAGGAGGCACAGCGACGCUCGACUCGGUCCCACCGGAAGUCAGAUAGGCACACUUGGAAGCGGUCUGGCUCCGCCACGGAGUCCGGAAAUCCGAAGGCAUUCUGAUGUUUCGCCGGCUAGUUUGAAGGAACUGGAGAAGUUUCGAAAGGUUGCAGGAGAACGCCAGAGAGAGGAUCUCAGAUGGGAGCGCGAUCUGGACCGGAAGAGCAAGUCAAGGGGUGGCUCGCCCGAUCGCCAUCAAGCCUCCGAUAGAGGGAGAGCGACCAGCCCUCAGAGGGUCGUCAUGUCAGCCCAGACGGGCGCGAUCGAACAGGAAGGCGGUGAUCUGGACGACGAGGAAGAACGUCGUCGGCGCGCUCGUCGCGGGGGCGGUACGGUCCGCCGUAAAUCUCGCGUGACCAGGCAAAGAUCUUACGAUGAUGAAAUCAAAACGGCGGCCGCGAUGGCUGCCGGUGGAGCGCAGCCCGCACAUCCCGACACCGGCCUAGGACUUCCGGUUCAGCUGCCAAGACGAGCGUCCGCUUACGAUGUUUACGCUGUGCCCGGAAGUAGCGGUCUUAACGCGAUGGCUAUCGCUGCCUCCCAACAAAGAGCCUCCAUUUCGGCACAAGGCACCCGAGAACCUGAAGAACGGCCUGCAACGCGCAGAUCCUCCUUCCGCGCAGUGAAACCGGUGAUGCCGUACGAUGUUGCCGCCGACGAUGAAAAGAUGAUUAAGCUAGAUUCGUCAUCUGCACCUGUGGUGGUACCGCCUGUAUCCCAACCUGUUCUUUUACCCGACGAAGAGAGACGCAAUCGACGAAGAGGCUCCCAAUUACCUGACAUAAACGCAAUAAGGGCAUUGACCUCGGCUCAACCAGGAGCAGUAAAAGGUGCUCCUGUAGCAGCUGUAAGCAGGGUUGCAGCUGAAGAACGCGAAUUGCCUAGGCAAGGAAGUCUUGUCGACGGGGAAGGCAUCAAAAUCGUUAUUCAUGACGUCGACAGCGAUCUUGCUCCACGAAUAAACGCGAAGAGGAGGGUAAAGCUGAGAAGAGAUCCGGUUAUGGAUAAAGGACACAGAACACGUGGAUUUGGCAUGAGGGUGGUAGGCGGCAAGACCGGGUCGGACGGGCGCACCUUCGCGUGCAUCGUAUGGACCGUGCCGGGUGGCCCCGCCGAGAAAGCUGGCUUGCAACAAGGCGACAAGGUGCUAGAAUGGUCUGGCGUAUCUCUGGUCGAUCGGAGCUUCGAGGAGGUACAGCAAAUAAUCGAACGGACCGACGAUGUGGCAGAAUUGAUGGUAGAACACACGACCGAUAUCACCGGAGAUUUGCUGGACGAUCCGCAAUCCGGAAAAACACCUACAAAUUUGGGCCUGCUGAUGGAAACCGAUACGGAGAAAGCGCCUUCAUCGCCGACGCGCAGGAAACUGCCAAAGACGCCGGAACAAAUAGCAAAGGAGAGGCAGGUGACCGGUCGCGUACAGAUUCAGGUUUCGUACGAGGCGGAACGCAAAGAAUUGAUCGUUUCGGUUUUUAUGGCCGACGACUUAUGUGCGCGAGAAGAUACUGGAUUCGGCACCCUGCCGGAGGCUUUCGCUAAGCUUACCCUUGCCCCGCCAUCCGGCGAUGCAAUUCCGCUGAAAACUAUCGUAGCUGAGCCGACCCAGAAACCUAUCUGGAACGCGACAUUGUUCUUUACUGGAGUCGAUGGCGAGAGCCUGAUGGAACGUGCGAUCGAGGUGACUCUCUGGGAUUACUGUCCCGAUGGCGAUAAUGUGUUCCUUGGCGAAUGCACGGUCGAUGUUCAGCGAGCGCUUGAAAAUGAUAGAGCGGUUUGGUACCGACUGGAGGAUCCACGCGGACUUCGAACGGGUAAAUCUCCUUAUUGUUCGCCACGCGGCUCGUUGUCGAUGGAUGUCGCCCAGAGAUUGUUCAGGAAGGAACUGCGAGAUCGUAGCUACAGCGAUGAUACGCAGAGCGACAGCGGCAGCCCGGAGUUUUGCUUCCUGCAUCCGGACCAUGCCUGGCAUGCCAAUUCCAGACGUGGUUCCAGCCAGUCCGAGCAGCUCGAGGUCGAGCCCUACGAGCUCAACCGGGAUUACAGCAGAUCCCUGCCGGGUAGCCGCAGGAGCAGCUUCCAAAGUCAGGGCGGCACCGACAGCAAACGUGGAAGCAUGGGCGAAGCUGAUAUGCCCGCUAUAGUACACUAUAAUCGUGAUCGGCGGCGAAGCUCUUUCACCAGACCGAUGAGGGAUCCUGAGGAGAUUCUGGAGGGGUUGCGAGCACUGAAGGCGACCAAGGGCGAGCUCAGCAGGACCAUGAGCCUCACCGGUGACAAGAGACGUGGCAGUCGGCGGGGUGAGCGCAAAGACAGCGUCAUGGAGAUUCCUGAGAGAUUUUACGAUCGAAACAGCGAAUCCGAUGAAGACGAGAAAUGUGGUCAAAAUGGCGUCGAUCUGAAACUGGGUCGUGGACAGCUGCUGCCGAAGGGAUUCAAAAUAAUGAGUGGAACGCAGAAUGGCGAAGUACAAUUGGGCUUUUAUCUGUGCAAGGGAACUCUCGAGGUCGAAGUUAUCUGCGCAAGGGACAUUUGUCCCGAGGAAAAGGAGGAGCCAGACACUUACGUGAAGACGUACUUGCGAGAACGAGACGGCGAUAAGUGGCUGCAGAAGCGCAAGACUCGCGUAGUACGACACUCGAAGAAUCCGCAGUAUCGGCAGACGCUGAAAUACGGGCGCUGCGACACUCUGGGCAGGCACCUGCUGGUGAUGCUGUGGGAAAAGAAGCAGGCCUUCGAGAGCAACCAGGGUCUGGGCGGCGCCGAAGUGGAUCUCGAUCUGCUGCCGCCGAAGGAAUUCAUCUUCGAUUGGUAUCCGCUCUUCCCGAUCCACACCCUCGGCACGCACAAUGCGGACUCGCCAUGAUGGCUAAGGGAAAAAUGGGCCCUCGAGGCUGGCGAGCUCGACCUCAGACUGAGCCUUUUGCUCAAGGACGAGGGCGAAUCCGUCGUGAAGAUCAUCUCUUGAUGGAAAUCGUGGCUGAUCACGUGGCAAUGUCGACUGGCUCGAAUCCUACGCGAUCUCGAUUUCCGCGAGAUAAUUCGGCGUUCCUUAUUGUUGCAAGUCCUUGAGUGUGGCGACGGGGCUCACGUUGUUCCAGAAGGCAAAUGAAGUUCGCCGCGACGGAGUUUUCAUUCCGCGUUGCUAUCGUAUUAUCUUAUAAUUAUAAUUAUAAGUUAUAUUAAUCGACGGUAUGCAAAUAUGUUCGGGCGUACUUUUGUGUUUUUAUUCAAUCGAACAAUUGAAGCACGUGUUACAUAUGUAUGAGUAUUAAAUAAAUAUACGCUCAUUAUUGUCUCGAUAUUAAGUCGAUUAAUAUAUGCUUUAUAAUUGUUUAUUAAUCAAUAUGAAAGUGCAAACAAACAGGCAAGUCAUUAAUGAAUGGGGCUACAUCUGCUAGUAAUAAAUAAUUCCAUUACUGAUUAACUGAUUUGCAAAUACAAAUAAUAGUAAGAAAUUAUAGAAUCUGAUUAUUCUCGAAAUAUAAUUAAAAAUUUAUAUUUUUUCCUUUUUCAAUAGGUACAAAUCUCAAAACAAACAUCGCUAACAGAUAUAGACAUUUAGUUGCAUUGUUCAUUACAAUGUAUAAAAAAUAAUCGGUAACGCGGAUUGAUCGUACGUCGCAUCGACAAACUUGAUUAAAAAGAUCGAUAAUCAUGCGUAAUGUAUAACCGGAAGACAAUCAACUUCAGAUGGUUUAUACAAUUGUUCAAGAAGACAAUCAACUUUAAAACUCGUAACGACAUGCUUCCAUUGAACUUACCACUUGUGGGUCGACGUUAGAGUCAGCGUCGUCGCGUUUCAACUCGGCGAAAGAAGAGAAAAAAAAAGAGGGGAAAUAAGGAAAACAGAGUCGAAAGAACCGAGUUCCUUGAUUAGCGCCUUUCGAGAUCCGCGAGUAUUUUUGCAGGCAUUCGCGGUGACAGUAGCAAUAAAGGUGUACCUGUGCAAAUCUGCUUGCAUAAAGCACGGGCAGAGAAAGAAAGGUAUGGUAAAGUUUAUUUUUUGAGGAAAUAAUUACAGAAACAAGGUGGAGGCAGCCAUGUAUCCUGAUGAGAUGAUAAGGGUCCAUUUUUCCCGAAACAAAUAUAAUGUCGAGUACGAUCGACUGUGCGAAGCGAAACUCGACCGACAUCUGCCGCCGGCGGUGGUUUCCUCUGGUUGAUCCAGUCAGUGAUUCGAUCGAAUUUCGCACGUGCCAAUUCAAAUAUCGAUACUUAAAGGAUCAACGGGGGAUAUAAAGCCCGUUUGAUCUUUUUACGUCGACAGGGCACUUUCGGGAUUCGCGUUUCUGUUUAAAGUAGACGUUCGAUCUGCGAAUGCGACACAUAUAAGUUUGCGAUAAUGCAAUAAACUUUCUCUUCUGCUUUGCAUAAUUUGAUGUAUAAUUCUGAAUUGUAUUACCUUCUAUCGUGCACUUACAUCAGAUUUGUUACGUAUAUAUAAGCAUUAAUUUGUGCGAGCAUUAUAAUGCAAAUCUGUAAACUGUAUUAUUAUCGCAAAUUAUAGAGACUCAAAAUUUUUUAUAUACACAGUCAGCAUUCCAAAAAAAAAAAAAUGAUAGAAAAAUAAAAGACAAUCGAAUCGAAGUGAAAUGCCCCGGUCGACGUAAAUACUUAAUGCUUUAACUAUUUAAUGGUAGACAAUCGUUUCAAGGCUCGCUGGUCGAGCUGAUGAUAAACAAAAAAAGGAGCAAUUAGCUCGAGGUGAUGGCGAGACGAGCGGAUGAGUUCCCGGAAGUAACUUCGCGGCCAACUUGAAUAAUAACCAACUAAACUCGGUGUUUAGAAGUCGCACAACUUUUGUAGCUCGUAGACUGAUAGUGGGACGGACAGGUGGAUUUCUUCGACGUUUCUCAGAUGUAAUACUGACGUCCCGUUUUGCGUAGCGUCUCGAAGAUCAUACUGAUGACUCCACGAAGCAAUUCCGAGCAGUUCGAUUGGCUAUGAAAAAAAAAGAAAAAAAAAAAAGAAAUUGACAGAGAUAACGAAGUCGAAAGUAAUACGAUACGGCAAAAAUUUCAACACGAACUUAAUUCACUUCGGGAUCACCUACGAUGAUUCUCGAGACGCGUUAAUGUGAAUGUUUAAGUCCUACAAUGUCCCACGACGAGAUUAGGGACAGAAUGGAUUGUCCAGAAUUAUUGCGCUUACCCCGCCCGAGUAAUUAGCGAUAGGAAAUAAACGUGAUAAUAUCGUACAGAAAUAAUUAAUUAAUGAUCCGACAGCAUUCUUACGAUAUGAUCCAUGGGUCACGUAUUGAACGAUGGAAGAUCACAAAUUUAUUAUUAUACUGAGUGUGGUGCGUGCGCAGACGGGGAUGAACCACGCGAUAUUUAAGUCAUGUGAUGUAUGUGUAUAACGCGAUAUAAGCUUUUACAGCAUCCAUCUGAACCGUGUACACAUGCAUAUAUCUAUAUAUAUAUAUAUAUAUAAACGUAUUAUAUAUCAUUGCAAGCCGCGGGGAAAAAAAAACUGUAACGAAGGAUAAUCAAAAUGUACAUGUGUUUAACUGAUAUGAUUAAGGAUAAAUACGGUGUCAUUGUCCCACGUCAUUAAAACUCGAUGUUAACGAUGUAGAUGUUUAAGGGAUGUCAACGAAAGUUCAAUCGAAAAUUUAUUUUGGCCAAAUCCAUUGAAAUGAAAUUCUCAACGAUGACGAUACGUGUGCGAUUCUUAUAUCUUGUAAACCCCUUUUUGCCGUAGGUAUUCUUCCGUUUGGUUUCCUUUUUGUAAAUAUCACAUCUAUAAAGCAUCAGAGAGCUUUGAAUUUUCUCUCUUACGAAAGCUUUUACUUAUCCAUCAGAUUAAUGUCGGAUCUUUGAGGUCCGACAGGUAUUCAGGUCCAGGUAGUUUGAACAAAUCUUGCGACUCCUUUGAGGAUUCCUUUGCAAUCUACGGCAAAUUUCUGAUCGGAGAGACGUGCAGGCGGAAUCGCGAGCGCCCAAAAGAAGCAUCCGAAGAAAGUAAUUUUUUACUGUUAAAACACACAGAGCGGGAAAGCAUAUCGGCUCGAGAAAAAAAAAAAGAAAAAAGAUACUUUAAUUACGGUUGUGUUGUUCACACAUCUUUUGUCGAUAUAAUCGCUACAUCAGUCUCUCGCCUCGAACGCCAGUGACACACCUCGCAAGACUCAUAAACGAGACGAUUGUGCCUUUGCGAGGGCUACGUCAGGUAUAUCGUA